AUGACAGUAUUUGUGUUUAUUCAGAAUGGCUUCGCAGCGGAUAUAAACCCAUUUUGUUAGUUGUAAAUAUCCUCGGGGUUGAUGCAUAAGAUCUUUUAGCUGAGGAUUCAAUCGACGUUGUGUUAAAUAAUGAAGAACCGCGCAGUUUCCUCGACAUCCCCGAAGGGCUGGAGUAUCUUGGCGAGACCUUAUUGAAGGACAAAUACAAUGAGCUGAAAAUAUGCGUUUCAUUUUUCUCACGGAAUCGAUGGACUCGAAUAUCUGCAAGAGAUCUCGGGAAAGCGAUGAAAGGUGGCUUAAAAUCGCAUUAGCUUUUUCCAUCGACUUAACAUAUCUUGUUCAGAGCUUGCGACUCAUGUGAAAACAGUCAGUUUGGACAUCCGUUCCGUGCAUUGUUCAUACUCAUCCGCCUCAUUUCUGGAAGAGUUCGCGUCGUCGGUAACCCACCUAAAAUGCAAUUAUCAAAGCCUAAAGUCGUUUGUCGGAUGCCAUCUAAACACUGUUGAGAUUAAAAGUGAAUUUGGUUUAUCAGGAUGUAAGUCACCAAGUCUCAAGCAACACAACGUGUAUUUUAGACACAGCUCCUCUCUUCCGGCUGGACGUUAGCACGAUAGUUCUUGGCCGAUACAUGAAAUUGGAAGAGUUUUGCAGAGCCAGGUACAUGGCAAAUACAUAUAAAUAUUUUAAAGCUAGUGGCUUCACAAAUUAGAUUUCAGCCUUCCCAAUCAAUCCACCGUGAAACAUCUCUCCUGUAGCAUGAAUCUUGAGACCAAUGUGGCAAAAGAAUAUUACGAGGAGAUUUUCCGAUACCUUCCAGUCUUAAUGCCCGACUUGGAAGAGGUGACGUUCAGGUGCUCUUAUCGAAGCUUCGGCACUGAUAUGAGUGGUUCUCUCUGUUUUCGUGACAUGAUUGGAGGCUGA